UGGUGUUCAUGCUGUUGAUAAAUGGAAUUUCUAUCUAUCUACACCAAUCACCUUCCUCAUCAAACAGCAAUCAAUCCUUUUAUUUAGGAAGGACACCAGCCAAUCUCUAUCCGUUAAAUCAGCGAAGGCAGAUGCAAGCUUCAAACACAGUCUGUAUCCUCAGUGGCUGCAGAGCAGAUGCUUGAAAAAGUCAUUAAGGGUGCAGAGAUGGCAAUGCAGAAUUCUAUCCUGAGCCUCUAUUCAAGAUGGAGUUUGACUGGUGAUGAAGGGUUGCAAAGAUUGAGAGAGAAUGGGAGAGGCAAGAAGAGCCAUCAUCAUCAAGAUCACGGCGGCCAGCACGAUGCAGGAAUUGCAAUAAAGAAGGUCAUAAUAGAUUAAAAUGCCCUGCUAGAUAGUAAUAUAUAUAAUGAAUUUGACUUGCUUUAAAAGGAAUUGACAGAUAGAUGUAGUAUGGAUGCCGCCGCUGC